UGCAUUGCAAAAGCAAUACCACCAUCAUAUGGGAGCAAUGACGUAUGAUGAAUGGAGGGAUACGUGGGUGAGUGAAGGAGUAUACCCCACUGCGCUUCUAGGGUCCUCCACAGCGCUGUCUGACUCCACGACCAGUACUUUGGUGAGUCGUGCUGGGGAUUUCUUUUGCUCUAUGCAUUCGCGGGACAAGAAGACCGGAAAAUGGUCCAUCAAGGCUCUGGAAACCAAAGAAAUGACAGAUAAGCUACUUGAGUACACUGGAGAGCUUGUUGAAGGAAAGCUCGUCCCGACGGUAGAGAAGGACCCCUUCACCUUGGCUAUGGGAAAGCCCUACCAUCCGGGACGGGUAUUAGGUGCUGGGGGGAGCUUGCUAGGAUGGGAGAAGGUAAUGGGUCCCGAAUAUACCAAAUCUGGAAGAUCCCGAGAAAGUGUGAACUCACCAUAGAACUUCGAUGCCACAGUGGCAUCAAUUAAAGAGCAAGUGCGCAA